UUAAGACAUUUUGUUGUUAAUUUUCUAGGAACGUUUUCUCGUGGCCAAGGACAGAUCUACAUGGACCUGCAAUUUUCCAACAGAGCCAUGCAGGCCAUGGGAGAUUUCGCAGUUCAAUUUAACAAAAACAGGUGAUUUGGAUACUGUUCUGUUUCACUAGUUGUUGUACAUGGAAUUCGUGUACAUAUAAUUUAUCCACUUCGCACUUUGUAGUCUAGAGCACGGGUUAACUACAAGUCCAUCUCAAACUACUAGCUAGCGUAAAUCGUCCCACAGUAAACCAGCAACAAUAUCAACAACAAAACAUUAUAUAAAAGAAGAUCAUCACAGUUAUAGACGCAACUUUUGCAGUUGCGAAAAGAAAGUCUGAAAAAAAUUUUGGGCUUGCACGGGAUUCGAACCCUUGACCUCUGCGAUACCGGUGCAGCGCUCUCAAUUGAGCUAACAAGCCAACCCGGAACAGGCCGUUGAAUGGUUCGUUAUAAACCCGUGAAAGGGUGAUGAUGAAAUUAUUAAUAUAUUAUUAAUAUAUGAAAGUCAUUUAUGAGAACCUUCAUUUUACUUAAUUACAAUUUCUUGGCUCGCAAUCAGCGAAAAGGCUAGUCGGGGCGCUUAGAUUAAUUAAGUAGAAGAUUACAACUUUUAUAAUAAAUAUUAAAUAAAAAGCAAAGAGGAAAAGACAAGCAAAAAAUGUGUAAUUACGUCAAAAACAAGAAAGGCCUUUCGUUUUCUUUUGCUAUUUUACCCAUCUUUUUCUUUGCUUUGAAAAUUUUGGUUACCAAAGCUUAAAAGAGAUGAGAUAGCGUGACCUACACGUUCAAAGGCUAUGCCGAUCAGAGAUGGACUUGACCACACUUCAAAGUGCCAUGUUCUCUAUCUCCUUCUGUGUAUUGUGGUUUCAAUUUAUGAUUACUUAAGUGUCUUCCUGAACUUUGAAAAACUGUUAGGCUAACAAGUUUUCAAAAGCCACACUUUCAAUCCGUUAUAAUUUUUUUCAAAGUUUGUCCGGCCAUCCGGGCGUUCUUUUGUAUCCUCUGUUAUUUAUCCCUUCUUCUAAUGCUUUGAGCGGUUAUUUUCAUGUUUCACUCAAUUUGGCGGCAGUUUUCAAUGUUUGAAUUUUGACGAAUUUCGUGACACAGCCCAUUUAACGCUAUCUAUAGUGCUAUGAAAAUUUUUUUGCCAUGUGUAGUAACUACAGUUUUUUCGUUUCCAGUUUUGGCCUUGCUCCAGCCUCACCGUUGAACGUUCCAACUCCUUUACUCGCCAACAGUUCAGCUGAAACUUCGCUUCCUGUCAACACAAGUAUGUGGUAACAAAGAACUCUUGACCCUUAAAGCCCCAAUAUCAACAUGCAUUUUGUCCACACUGACAUUCAUACAUUUCUUAUGGUACUGCUGGAGAGAAUUUUUUUAAACAUCAAGACAUAUCAUCUUUGAUGUUCAUUUUAUUAAAUCUCAUGGCUUGUAUGUUUUACAAGGCCGUGUCACCGUUGGGAGAAUUACAGAAAUUGGAUGCUGGUAACUUGGAGGUUGAAGGGUUAAAGAUCCAACGUUAGAAAGUAAUUGCUAGAGCAUCGUUAACAAAAAUUGUCUCAAAAUGGGGUUCACAGUGCCUAUAAUAUUUUGUUUUUUUUUUAUUGUGGCAGUUAUUGGUGGGUGUUACCUAUCCAGGGAUGAUGUUCGCAAACACUAGCAGUCUUUCUCAAUGUAUCUACCUGUUGGUUUAAAAAAGCAUGAUAUUUGUGGUAAAAGAUGCGUGAUUGCUUUAAAGACGGCGCUUCUGAUUGCAAGUGCUUCCCUUCCAAAAAGCUCCGGGGUUUAGUGGAAGUUGCGGCACUUACUCAAGAGUGACUCCCCAACUAAUUUUGUUGUCAUAGCGCCCCUUGUUCAAACGUGAGGGCGGUAUUACUGAAAACUUUUUGUCCUGUAUAGGAUUGUUCAUUUGUAAUUUCGAGCAAGGACGGAACUUGAAGCGACGUCAUAACAGUUAAAAGUAGCCAUUGUUUCUCUUGAUCCAUUGUAGCGGGAGCUGUUCAGAGAAUGGACCCAUUAACCAAACUUCAAGUUGCUAUUAAGAAUAAUGUGGACGUGUUCUACUUCAGUUGUGUUGUUCCUUAUAAUGUGCUGUUUGCUGAAGACGGACAAAUGGGUAAGCGAGCAGUCUCUUAUGUUUCUUUUGAGUCAUAGUAGAUCGAGAGCACGCGUGAGGGGCGAGCGGUGAAGCCUCGAGGAACGAGGGCUGAAUCUCUCCUUCUUUUUACCAUUAAUUUGCAUAAUUUUACCUUUCCGCCCGCGGCCGUGCGUGGCUCUGACCGAUCGCGUCCUAAAUUUUCUUAGUUCCAUUUUAGCAAGAAAAUAGUGGCUUAUUGAAACUUUUUUUUCUUGUAGACCGGAAGGUCUUUUUAGCAACUUGGAAGGAUAUUCCUGCGGAAAAUGAAGUGCAAAAUCAAGUCUCUAACAUCAUGUUUUCCUCAGGUAAAUCUUUUUCUUCUCAUUGGGCAGUGAAAUUUUGAAAGUAGCGAGUAUUAAAAAAGUGUCAUUGUUUUCGUUCUUUUUACUUUACUGUAGACGUGGCUCAGUCAAAGCUUUCAGCCAACAAUGUUUUCACCAUCGCUAAACGCACUGUGGAAGGCCAGGUGAGUUCAAUUACAUUACAGUUCUUCUUAUUACCUCAAUUGUUAUCUUAAAGGGACACUUCCACUGUUAGAAAAGUGACCGAAAUUUGGUUGAAAAACGUCAUAAUUCUAAGUUCACUGUAGAUGAUUUUAGUGGACACAGAACUGAUGCGAUAAUCGCCUUUAUAAAGUAGAGCUUCCAUUUAAUGACAUCACGUUUAUUAUCCAAGCUCAACUGUUAAUUUCUGGGAGAUUCUGAUGGCGUUCCGUUAGGAGGUUGUACCUAUGGAUGUGUUAACCUAAGGCAUUUAUGUUCUCAUGUAUUUCUUUCUUUUCCCAGGACAUGUUGUAUCAGUCAUUGAAAUUUACCAAUGGAAUAUGGGUUCUAGCAGAGCUCAAGAUGCAGCCUGGUAAUCCUGUGGUACAAGUAAGUGACCCGGCGCUGGUCAUUUCACUUUUCUGUUGUUAG